AGAACUGAAAGAUUCUCUCAUAUGCUUCAAGCUUCCUAUAAUUAAGCAAAUACUCACUCCUACCCUAUAAAAUGGAUGAUUGCAUGAGCAGUUCUUUUCAUUAACACCACUUUAUGUCAUUCUCUUCAAUUAUGGGGCUUCUCCGAUUCCUUCAUUUCCUCUUUGUAGUUUCUCUUCUUAUCAGCACUACAGCAAUUUCAGAUCAAAUUCCCAAGCCUUAUGUUGUUUAUAUGGGAAAUCCAUCACCAAAAAACGUUGGGGUGGAAGUAGAAGGCCAAAUACCAGAAUCAGAUCAUCUGCAGCUAUUGUCCUCAAUCAUCCCAAGAGAAGAAAGUGAGAGGAUAGCUCUAAUCCACCAUUUCAAUCAUGCCUUUAGUGGAUUCUCUGCCAUGCUUACAGAGAGAGAAGCUUCUGCACUGUCUGGGCAGGAUGGUGUGGUGUCAGUGUUCCGAGAUCCAGUGGUUGAGUUACACACAACUCGAUCAUGGGAUUUCUUAGAAACAGAUUUGGGAAUGAAGACUCAUACCAAUGCCAAUGCCACUCCCACACUCCAUCACUCCUCAACUGAUAUCAUUGUGGCUCUCAUAGACACAGGGAUAUGGCCAGAGUCUCCAAGUUUCAGAGACGAGGGUAUAGGAGAGAUUCCUUCAAAAUGGAAAGGAGUUUGCAUGGAGGGUCAUGAUUUCAAGAAAUCCAAUUGCAAUAGAAAGUUGAUAGGUGCAAGAUACUAUAAUAUUCAAGUUACAUCAGGUGGAAACCAGACUCAUAUAGAAGCAACCAAGGGUUCCCCAAGAGAUUCUGUUGGACAUGGAACUCACACUGCAUCAAUAGCAGCUGGUGUUCAUGUCAACAAUGCUAGUUAUUUUGGUUUAGCACAAGGAACAGCAAGAGGUGGUUCACCUUCUACUAGGAUUGCAGCCUAUAAAACAUGCUCAGAAGAAGGUUGCUCUGGUGCCACCAUACUAAAAGCUAUUGAUGAUGCUGUAAACGAUGGAGUAGAUAUAAUCUCAAUUUCUAUUGGACUUAGCUCACUGUUCCAAUCAGACUUUUUGAGUGACCCUAUAGCCAUUGGAGCAUUUCAUGCAGAACAAAAGGGGGUCAUGGUGGUGUGUUCAGCUGGCAAUGAUGGUCCUGAUCCUUUCACAGUUGUGAACACUGCACCAUGGAUAUUUACAGUUGCAGCUUCUAAUAUUGAUAGGAACUUCCAAUCCACUAUUGUCCUUGGAAAUGGGAAAUAUUUCCAAGGUGCAGGCAUUAACUUUUCUAACCUUACUCGUUCGAAGAUGUAUAAUCUUGUCUACGGAGAGCAAGUAGCUGCCAAAUUUACCCCUGCAUCAGAAGCUUGGAACUGUUAUCCUGGAUCACUAGAUAACAACAAAGUUGCAGGCAACAUUGUUGUUUGUGUUAACGAUGAUCCAACUGUUUCAAGGCGAAUCAAGAAGCUAGUUGUACAGGAUGCAGGAGCCAUAGGGAUAAUUAUCAUAAAUGAGGAAAACAAAGAUGUUCCCUUUGAUGCAGGUGUAUUUCCCUUCACAGAGGUUGGCAAUCUUGAAGGGCAUCAGAUCCUAGAAUACAUAAACUCUACCAAGAAUCCAACUGCAACAAUUCUUCCAACAACAGAAAUUAAUAGAAAUAAGCCUUCUCCAAGUGUUGCAUCUUUCUCAUCCAGAGGUCCUUCAAGCCUUACAGAAAACAUUCUCAAGCCAGAUAUCAUGGCUCCAGGAAUUGGCAUUCUGGCCGCUGUCAUUCCUAAAAGUCAAGACCCAGGAAGUGUUCCAAUUGGGAAAAAGCCAUCCUUAUAUGCCAUAAAAUCUGGUACAUCUAUGGCAUGCCCACAUGUGACAGGUGCAGCAGCAUUCAUUAAAUCAGUGCACAAAAAUUGGAGUCCUUCAAUGAUCAAAUCAGCAUUGAUGACAACAGCUACAAACUACAACAACUUGAGGAAGCCUGUUACUAACAGCUCAAACUUCUUUGCCAACCUGCAUGAAAUGGGAGCUGGGGAAAUUAAUCCACUCAGAGCUCUCAACCCUGGCUUAGUCUUUGAAACAGAUGUGGAAGACUAUCUCACAUUCCUUUGUUACUUUGGCUAUUCACAGAAAAACAUAAGAUCAAUGUCCAAGGCUAACUACAAUUGCCCAAAGAACUCUUCUGAAGACCUUAUACCAACCAUCAAUUACCCAUCAAUAUCCAUAAGUACUCUCAAAAGACAACAGAAAGCAAAAGUAAUCACGAGAACAGUUACCAAUGUUGGAUCCCUUAAUGCCACAUACACUGCAAAAGUGCGUGCACCUGAGGGAUUGGUUGUGGAGGUCAUCCCCAAUAAACUUGUGUUUUCUGAGGGUGUUCAAAGAAUAACCUACAAAGUCUCAUUCUAUGGCAAGGAGGCCCGUGGUGGAUACAAUUUUGGGUCCCUAACAUGGCUUGAUGGUCACCAUUAUGUUCAUACAGUGUUUUCAGUCAAGGUUGAAUAAAUCUGCACACACAUACAAAUAUUUAAACAGGUCACAGAAUAUGUACCUACAUGAUUGUGACAUUCUUUUGCCUAACUUUAUAUUGUAUACAAGAAUGAGCUCCAUAUGAGAUUUUUCCAUCUGUCAUAAUAAAAUAUGUUAAAGUCUCUACAGUUUUAUAUUUUGUUUGUAAGCCCAAUUAAAUAUUGUUUAUGUUCAGAAAAAGCAAAGUUAUAGUUGCAGGCAAAUGAUCCUUGCCUUUUAUCUUAAUCAUUAGCCUUUUUUGCUUUGCCCAAUGAGGGGAUGCAUAUCUUUUGUAUUUAAUCUUUUGAUGUAACACUUUUGAUGUAUGUAAAAAUUGAGUUGAUAAAUCAAAUAUAUCAUAUGAGUUUCUCUGCUUU